UUGCAGAGCCUGGGUUCCCCGGCCCCGGGGUCCCCGGGAUGCCUCGCCUCUCCUGUUUGUGGCUGGGGCUCCUACUGAUGGGAUUUUCCCAUGAGCUGAACCAGGACUUAGGCAGAGCCAGGAAGCUGUGCGGCCGGCACCUACUGAAAGAAAUAGUAAAACUUUGCGGCAGUGGGGACUGGAGCAAGUUCCAUUUCGAGGAGCAGACCCCUUUGCAGGGGCAGAUUUCCGGGAAGUCCGGAAGCACUGCUGCCUUCAUCCCCAACCAGUUUGGAGUAAAACCAGCCUUUCCUCCUACUGCCUCUCAGGAUGAAGGAACAAAUGAUGGGAAGCUGCAGUCACUGCCCCAGACUCACCACAAGAGGGCGGAACCACCUCCUCCUCUGGCCGUCAGAGCAGUGCCUUCAUCUUCUGAUAGCAACCCAGAUACUCAGGAGCUCAUCCAAGUACAGAAGGAAAGCACAAACCGAAUUAAAACCUUAAGCAGUGUGUUUUGGGGGAAUCAUCCCCAAAGAAGACGCAGGGGGUACUCAGAGAAGUGUUGUCUGAAGGGAUGUACAAAACAAGAACUGGGCAUUGCAUGUCUUCCUUAUAUUGAUUUCAACAACUUAAAAGCAGCAGCACUUCUGACCGAACUAUUCUGACCAUGGCAGGAAUUAUAUUAACUUAAUAAAAGAUGAAUAGA